AAGAACACACUCUAACCUCUAAUUAAAAAGUUGAUAUUUUUGCAACACAAACAAAAAACCAGCAGCAAGAAAAAAAAUUAAUAAAGCUUACAUAAAGCAGAAAAAGGGAGACUUGGGUUUCCUUCCUUUUCUUGCUGCCUCUGCUAAGCAUCUUUCCUUACUUUUUCCCCAACUCUCACUUUCUCUCUCAUAUUCUUUCCCUCCUCUUGUAGAGUUUUUUUUUACUGGGUUUUCUUUGCUUUGCUUGUUUCUACCUUCAUUUCCUUGCCUUUGCCUCUGCUUCAACCAGAAUUUGCUUCUUGUUUUAGUGAGUCUUCUUUGUGAGUUUUCCUCUCUGGCAUUGUUUGUUUAAUCACAAAAGUUAGUUUGCUUUCCUUGUUAUUAGUUUUCCUUACCUGGGAUUCUCUUUUUUCAUCUUGAAUUUCCUUGGAGUUUGAUCUCCGGGGAAAAUUCAGGUGCUGAAAUCCUUUCUGGGUUUUUGUUGAUCAUGCUCUUUAGCCUGCAUAGAAAAAUUCUCAUAUCAAUUUCCACUUGUUAACUGUUACAAAGUUUUGUUUUUUACUUCACUGUUCAUAUAUUGUUCACAAAAGUUUGAACCUUUUGUUAGUUUCUUGGCAAUUCUGCUUCUGUAUUAUAUUGGGUUUCUGAUUCCAUGGGACUCUGUCAUGGAAAACCCAUUGCAAAUCCACAAAACAAAUCCGAAAACUCGUCACUUCCGGGCGAGAACGAUCUUGUCCCGAAUUCCCAGACCCCAAAAUCCUCCAACUUUCCCUUCUACAGCCCAAGUCCUCUGCCUAGUCUCUUCAAGAACUCACCUGCAGUCAAUUCUAGUGUGAGUUCAACUCCUCUGCGCAUUUUUAAGCGCCCAUUCCCGCCUCCUUCGCCGGCUAAGCACAUCCGGGCAUUGCUGGCACGGCGGCAUGGCUCUGUUAAGCCUAAUGAGGCCUCAAUUCCUGAAGGAGAUGAGUGUGAGAUUGCCUUGGAUAAGAACUUCGGGUACUCCAAGCAGUUUGUGACGCAUUAUGAGCUUGGAGAAGAGGUGGGGCGUGGACAUUUUGGGUUUACUUGCUCUGCUAAGGGCAAGAAAGGGAGCUUGAAAGGUCAGGAUGUGGCUGUCAAGGUUAUUCCCAAAUCGAAGAUGACCACAGCAAUUGCUAUAGAGGAUGUACGAAGAGAAGUGAAGAUAUUAAGGGCACUAUCAGGACAUAAGAACCUAGUGCAAUUCUAUGAUGCUUAUGAAGAUGACGACAAUGUUUAUAUAGUCAUGGAGUUAUGCAAUGGAGGUGAACUGUUAGAUAGGAUACUUUCAAGGGGUGGAAAAUACUCAGAAGAAGAUGCCAGAGUGGUUAUGGUUCAGAUUUUAAGUGUAGUUGCCUACUGUCACCUUCAAGGUGUGGUUCACCGUGAUCUGAAGCCGGAGAAUUUUCUUUUUACUUCCAAGGAUGAAAAUUCCCCGCUCAAGGCCAUUGAUUUUGGACUCUCUGACUAUGUAAAGCCAGAUGAGAGGUUGAAUGAUAUAGUAGGAAGUGCCUAUUAUGUGGCUCCUGAAGUUUUACAUAGAUCAUAUGGGACCGAAGGGGACAUGUGGAGUAUUGGUGUUAUUGCUUAUAUUCUUUUAUGUGGAAGCCGGCCUUUUUGGGCCCGGACAGAAUCUGGCAUCUUCCGAGCUGUCCUUAAGGCAGAUCCAAGCUUUGAUGAAGCCCCUUGGCCAUCUUUGUCUCCUGAUGCAAUUGACUUUGUAAAGAGGCUUUUGAACAAGGAUUAUCGUAAGAGAUUAACUGCUGCUCAGGCUCUAAGUCAUCCAUGGCUGGCCAAUCAUCAUGAUGUCAAGAUACCGAUGGAUAUGAUAGUGUACAAGCUUGUUAAAGCUUAUAUAUGCUCGUCUUCUCUACGCAAAUCAGCAUUAGGGGCUCUUGCAAAGACAUUAACUGUAGCUCAGCUUGCUUAUCUGCGGGAACAAUUCACAUUAUUAGGUCCUAACAAAAAUGGAUUCAUCUCCAUGCAGAACUUUAAGACGGGUAUGGUAAAGAACUCCACUGAUGCAAUGAAGGAUUCACGGGCCCUAGAUUAUGCCAACAUGUUUAUGUUACAGAUUAGUUCUAUUCAGUACAGAAAAAUGGAUUUUGAAGAAUUUUGUUCGGCUGCCAUAAGUGUGCAUCAGCUGGAAGGAAUGGAGAGCUGGGAACAACAUGCAAGGCGUGCAUAUGAGCUGUUUGAGAAGGAUGGGAACAGACCAAUUAUGAUAGAGGAACUUGCUUCUGAACUUGGACUUAGCCCAUCAGUACCUGUUCAUGUGGUUCUCCAGGACUGGAUAAGACACUCAGAUGGCAAGCUUAGUUUCUUGGGGUUCGUCAGACUUCUCCACGGGGUCUCUUCCCGCUCAUUUCAGAGGGCUUGAAAUUGAACUGUGCUACACGUAAUUUUUCCCAUACUCACUUUUCUUGACCUGAAGUGUCUCAAGGUGACAAACUGCAUGCUUGAAUUCUGAGAACUGCCCUAAAUGAGCCAGUGAUUUGCGUUAGUCGAGUGGUGGGAUGCUGCAAGCCAUAAAACUGUAGCUGCUGUUGCAUUUGAUGCUGGUGAAACCAUGUGCAACAUGUUUCUCAUAUAAUUUUUUCCUUCCCACUUAUAUAAGGCCUUUUUUUUUUUUUUUAAAUGAUUGGUGCUGUUGAAAUUUAGAGAAAUGUACAGAUGAGGAUAGAUUUAAGAAUGUAUGUAGAAUUAGCAGACUGCUUAAUAACUGAUGUGAGUUUUGUUGUCUUCAGGGUUUAUCCCUCGAGUACCCAAUGCACUUGAUUUCCAAAUAAAUUCUUCCUGUGAUUUACUUGCAA